UUUUUAUUGUGUGUAAAUGUGUACAAUUUUAUAAAACAAAUACUUGACUGAAUGCUGUAUAAACAGCGCUCCCUGCAGGAAGACAGCUGCGUUUACACGUCUUGUUGGACUUCUUUGAUGCAGCGUUUGGCUGAUAUAAACGCUAUUCACUGGUUUACUGAGUAACUUGAUUCCAUCAAUAAAAUAAGAGCAUAGAGUCAAUUAAUUUAGGGGAAGGUUUUUCCCCCCUUUUUAUCAAGACUAUAUAAGUAGCAUUGGAGUUUACGAGGUUGCUGAAUCUACCUGUAGAUGUGCUUCAGCACAUUCAAUUGGAAACGAAAAACUUAACUGGCAUCAUUUUGCGCUCAUCUGAAGCUACAGGCGUCUUACCGACAUUAAAUCAUUGCCAUCCUAGUAGUAAGUUAGUUAUAUUUGACUGCUCGUUUACUGCUGCCAAGAUGCGAGAGGCCUGGACAAGGACUGUAAGUCAUAGUCAAGCCAGUCAACUUCUCCAUAACAAAUUUGUUGUCGUGCUCGGGGAUUCAAUUCAACGGUCUGUGUACAAAGACCUGGUGUUGCUUUUGCAAAGAGACUCUUACCUGUCGUUAUCCCAGCUCAAAAGCAAGGGAGAGCUGUCCUUUGAAAAGGAUUCUUUAGUUGAAGGUGGAAAACUGGGUCAUAUGAGCAAUGGCACAGAGUACCAAGAGGUUCGUCAAUAUUGCACCGACCAUCACCUUGUCCGGUUCUACUUCAUCACAAGGGUCUUCUCUCGCUACAUGGAGAGCAUCCUUGCUGACUUCCAACAUGGCCUGAAGCCAGAUGUGGUCAUUGUCAACUCUUGUGUUUGGGAUGUAUCAAGAUACAACCGUAAGUGGAUCCCAGACUACAAGGAGAACCUUAAUAAAUUUUUUGUGCAGCUGAAGGCUGUUCUGCCAGAGGAAAGCCUUGUGGUGUGGAACAUGACCAUGCCACUUGGCAAGAAGAUCAUAGGAGGCUUUCUGGUGCCUGAGAUUCAGGACAUGGGCCCAACUCUGCGCUAUGAUGUGAUUGAGGCAAAUUUCUAUGGUGCAAAGCUGGCACAUGCGUACGGGCUGGACGUUCUAGACCUUCACUAUCUCUUCCGGUUUAGCCUCCAGCACCGCAUGCAUGAUGGGGUUCACUGGAAUGCUUUGGUUCAUCGUCAGAUCACAUGUUUGCUACUGGCUCAUGCUGCUCAGGCCUGGGGUGUAGAGCUGCCAGUCCCUGUAGCUCCAGACCAGAGCAAGACAUGGAUGCUGGAUUACAAGCAGGCUCCAAAUCGAAUCGUAGCAGAUUCUGGUCAUUGUGGAGUCCUAUCCUGGCAACAACAACUGCAGUAUGAUGGCUUUGGACCCCAUUUUUAUGAGAACCGAUUACCUACACACACCCAGUUCUGCUCUGGUUACAUCAGCUUUGAGAACAGAACCUAUAAUGGUGGGAACUACAACGCUCAUCAUGGUGGUAAUGGCAGAACAGCUUCUGCUGCCCCCUCCUGGUCAAGGAACAACUGUGUGAUGAGGCAAAAACACACAAGGCACCAGUAUAACCCAUACACUCCGCAAAAUCCUAAAUGGCCUUACAGAUACUGAAAAACAAGCAGUAGUGCGAUGCUUGAUGGUGGAAACAGUGAUUUUCUUUGAAAUACCAAAUCAGUUCAAACUAAAUGGGAACUUGCUUCAAUUUUAUAAUGUGCCAUUGUGCAUUUCUAUCACUUUUUUUUAACACUUAGAACUUGAAAAACAGAAAACUUUCUUUGUUCUCAAUUAUCUCAGGCUUUUAUUUGUGGUAUUUUAUGAGAAUACCAUUGUAUUGUCUAAAAUGUCUUCUAAUUCUUGUAUUUUAUUUGCCAUAUAAUUCACAACCUUGAUUUGUAUGCAUACAAUAUUGGCUGUAUUUGCGUCUGGUAAAGUAAGAUAUGGGGUUAUAUUUUGUAAGAAUGUUGUUUUAACUUGGCACUUGUGCAAAUUACAAAUAAAAUGUUACAUUCUCAAUAAUA